GCACGAUGCUGCUGCGUCUUGGUCUUCUAGCGGCUGCUGCGAUUACGUGCGUCGUCGCCGAAGCGCCGCAUGUGUGCAUCGUGGGCUCGGGCAUUGCGGGCGCUAGCACCGCCCACUUCCUCGCGGACGCGGGCGUCCACCUCAGCGUCUUUGAGAAGGAAGACCGCAUUGGCGGUCGCAUGCACGCGUUCCCGUACCGCGGCGUCAAGAUCGAGGCCGGCGGGACGAUCAUCCACGUCAACAACAAGUACAUGGUCGGCUUUGCGCAGCGACUUGGCCUUAAGCUCGUCAAGCCCGGGCAGUUUACAGGCGGCAACUCGCGCAUGGGCAUCUUUACGGGCGACGACUUUGCCAUCGAGACGUCGACGUCGAGCUACGUGACGAUGGCCAAGAUGCUCUGGCGCUACGGGCCGCUCAAUCUCAAGCGCAUGAAGGACGUCGUUCAGGAAACACUCGACAAAUUUGACGCCAUCUACGCGUUGCAGGACAACGGCGCCGCCUACACGUCACCCACGGAGCUCAUCGCGGCCCUCGGUCUCUUGGAGACGACACAGACGUCGCUCGAAGCCAUCAUGGUGGCCAACGGCGUGAGCCCGCGGCUCAUCAACGAGCUCAUGGCCGGCAUUACGCGCGUCAACUAUGGCCAGAACACGACGAUGAGUGGCUUUGGCGGUCUCGUGGGGCUCGCUGGCUCGGGCGACGACCUGCGUGCGAUCGCCGGUGGCGACUACCAGAUCCCCGAAGGCCUCUUCCGCGAGGCCAAAGCCAACGUGUACCUUAACACGACCAUCACGUCCAUCACGCCCAACGCCGACGGCACGUUGAAGCUCAUGACCUCCCGCGGGAGCUGGGUUACAUGCAGUGGCGUCGUCGUCGCCACGCCACUCGAGCUCAGCAACGUGGCGCUGCCAGCGCAUGUGCACAUUGCGCCACGUCCAUUCCAAAUGACGCACACGACGUUUGUCCAAGGCGAGUUGACACCCGCGUACUUUCAGCAACGCAGUGACGUGCCCGAGACGAUCUUGACGACCGAGAACGCGUCGCUUCCAUUCUCGUCGAUCGGAUUGCAGUACCGCCAAGAUGGCGUGAGCUUGUACAAGGUCUUUUCGCGAGCGCCCAUGACAUCGGCCGUCUUGGCCGCCUUUUUUGAGCCGCCGUUCGAGAUUGUCGCAACAUAUCCGUGGGCGGCCUACCCAACGUUCCACGUGCCGGAAGUUUUUGGCCCGUUCAAGGUGCUGCCUGGCGUCGUAUACCCCAAUGCAAUCGAGAACGCGGCGAGUGCGAUGGAGAUGAGCGCGCUCAGCGGCCGCAACGCCGCGCACCUCAUCCUCGCGCACCUACACCUGCCCCGCCCCGCAACGACGUUCUUUGCCAGUAUCAAGGAGGAGCUCUAAGCACGAAGGUUACGAUUACUAUGAC